CAAUUCGGUCGCAAAGUCGCCAUAGAUGCAUCUAUGAGCAUCUACAGCUUCCUUAUCGCAGUCCGCUCUGAUGGACAGCAACUCAUGAAUGAAUCGGGCGAGACGACAUCACAUCUCAUGGGACUCUUUUACCGCACAAUGCGCAUGGUCGACAACGGAAUCAAACCCCUCUACGUCUUCGAUGGCGCUCCACCCAAACUCAAAUCCGGCGAACUCGCAAAGCGAUUCCAGCGCAAGACUGAGGCACAGGCUGCACACGAUGAGGCGAAGGAGACGGGCACAGCAGAAGAUGUGGAGAAGUUUUCGCGACGGACAGUCAGGGUGACGAGGGAGCACAACGAGGAGUGUCAGCGGUUGCUCAAACUCAUGGGCAUCCCUUACAUCAUUGCGCCAACUGAGGCCGAGGCACAGUGUGCUGUUCUAGCGAGGGGAGGAAAGGUGUAUGCGGCGGCAUCAGAGGACAUGGACACGCUGACAUUUGCUUCGCCCAUCCUGCUACGACAUUUGACCUUUAGCGAGCAGCGCAAGGAGCCCAUUCUGGAAAUCCAUCUAGACAAGGUGCUCGAGGGUCUGGCAAUGGACCAGAAACAGUUUAUUGACCUCUGCAUUCUCCUCGGCUGCGAUUAUCUCGACCCGAUCAAAGGCAUUGGGCCAAGCACUGCUCUCAAGCUCAUCCGUGAGCAUAAAGACCUCGAAGGUGUCGUCGAGCAUAUCAAAUCACAAUCUUCCAAGAAGCUCACCAUCCCCGAUGACUGGCCAUUCGCCGACGCCCGGCAGCUUUUCCUCGAACCUGAUGUGCGUCCUGCUGACGACCCAGAGUGUGACUUCAAGUGGGUGGCGCCAGACGUGGAAGGCCUUGUCAAGUUCCUGGUUGAGGAGAAGCAUUUCAACGAGGAUAGGGUACGGAACGGAGCAGCCAAGCUACAAAAAAACAUGAAGACGGCGCAGCAGAGUAGGCUAGAGGGUUUCUUCAAGCCGAUUGAAAAGACUGCUGAAGAGAAGGCAACUCUGAAGCGCAAAGCCGAAGAGAAGCUUGAGCAAAAGAAGAAGAAGCAGAAGGAGAAUGCAAAGGCCAAGAAGGAGGCCAAGGCCAAACCCAGGACCGCUGGCUGAUGAGCUCAAGGAUGUUGGAAUCUGAAACACUGCAAGCAGGGAAAAGCGGCGUUAUGGGAUUGUGAUACCGAUAGGCAAAUGGCGUCUUGGGCAUAUGGGAGUGCGUAGGAUUGCACAUAGGUCUAUUUGCCGACUAUACCGAUAUAAUAUUUGGCGCUGUCUGCCGCUUCUUGAAGAAACAACUUUUCGUAUCAAAAUCAAGUAUAUUC